ACCCUGGGACCCGCCGGCCCGCCACCGCACGCCCUCCACUGCGCCUCCUCCCCGCCGGGGAUGCCCGGCCUGCUGCUCGUCUCCUUGGCCAGCUGCCUGCUGGCCAUAAAUCAGGCCAGCCUCAUCAGCCGCUGUGACUUGGCCAAGGUGCUGCAUGAGGAGGACUUGGAUGGGUUUGAGGGCUACUCCCUGAAUGACUGGCUGUGCCUGGCUUUCUUGGAAAGUGCCUUCAACAUAACAAAGGUAGAUGAAAAUACCGAUGGCAGCUUUGACUACGGCAUCUUCCAGAUCAACAGCCACUACUGGUGCAACGAUUACCAGAGUCACACGGAAAACAUUUGCCACGUGGACUGUCAAGAACUGCUGAGCCCCAACCUUCUCCCAAUCAUCAACUGUGCAAAAAAGAUUGUGUCCGGAGCAGGGGGCAUGAAGAACUGGGUAAAAUGGAGGCUGCACUGUGCGGGCCGGCCACUCUCCUACUGGAUGACAGGAUGCCACCUGGGAUGAGGCAGGGGACAGGCCUGUGGUGGAGUCACUCCAG